AACGAUGAAGAUCUCUGUCCAGUCUGCCACUUACUUCUCUACAACCCCGUAACAACACGCUGUAACCAUACACUCUGUGCAACUUGUAUGGCACACUGGGCGGACGUAUCCAUGACUUCUCAAAUGACCAUCCUAGCCCCUUCAUCUUCACCUUCAAUAUUCUCCGGCGCAGAUACAGAGGCAAGGUGUCCCAUGUGUCGAACCCCCACCUCAGCAACCCCAAAUCCAACACUGGCAAACCAACUAUCUCAAAAAUAUCCUCUCGCCUACCAAUCACGAGAAGCCGAGGAAACCACCGAGGAAGACCCUAAUGCAGGAAAGAUAGAGACACUAACACUGUGCAUCGGCAAUUCGCACAAACUUAUUUCUCCAGCGCCGGAAUCAGCACACAAUAUGCACCAAUGGAAUUUUUUCGUGCGUCCGUCACGUACGGAUAUAAUCUCUUCUGUAGAGAUCCAAUUGCAUCCUACCUUUCGACCUCCACAUAUCCAUCUUUCACAGCCUCCUUUUGAGAUCCGCCGCAAAGGAUGGGGGUACUUCGUCAUCACCACAAAUAUAAUCCUCAAACGAGGUUGGAGUUGGGUUUCUGAAGAUGCAGAGGAAGUGCCGUUUAGGGAUGAUGGUGCAAAGGGCAAAUUGCCAUUGGAUUGGACGUUGGAUUUUGAUGGGUUCGAGGGGAAGGGCAGUAUGGGGAGGUGCAGACUCAAGGUCAGAAAAGAGGGACGAGCAGAAAGGAGG